UGCCCCCUCCCCGGGGGGCGCUGGGGGGGGCGUGCACAGGUGUCCUGGAGCUGCCACGCCCACUGGGCAGCCCUGCCCGGGUCCUCCCCUCCCGGGCCCCCGGCUCCGUCCGCCCCGGGUGAGCCAUCGGCCCGCUGAGCCCGGCGCCCCCCGCCAUGCCGGCCCGCGCCCAGCCGCCUAGCUCGGGGGAGCUCCGGCCAGCAGCACGGUGAGCCCGCAGGCAGCCGGAGCGGGAGGGACGUGUCGCCGGGUGCAGGACUUGCCGGGUGCCAGGGGAGCGGGGUCUGUCUGGCCCGGCCCAGUGGCCCCAGUCAAUCAUUAACCGCUGCAAGGAGAUGGCUGAGAAAGACGGGGGCCCAACGGUGCCGUGCUGGUCGCUGCCCAAGGUUGUGGCUGUCGUGACUGGCGGCUUCCUGCUCUUAGCUGGCGUCGGGGCCAGCGUGUGGGCCAUUGUGACAUCUGUGCUGGGGAGUGACAGUGAAGGACUGUAUGGUGUCCAGGUCGGGUCGGCGGACCUCCGGCUCACACUGUACGAUGAGAGCGCGGGCAAAUGGCGCCUCAUCUGCUCCACCUCCUCCAAUGCCCUGGUGGCUGCAAUGAGCUGUGCAGAGAUGGGCUUCGUCAGGUCUCUCUGGCACUCGGAGCUGGACGUGGAGCGCGUGGGCGCCAACGGGACGUCGGGAUAUUUCUGUGUGGACGAGUCUCGCCUGCCACUGGCCCAUAGACUCAGUGAGGUCGUCUCCAUCUGCGACUGCCCGAUGGGCCAGUUCCUUGCAACGCUCUGCCAAGACUGCGGGCGCAGGAAGCUGUCUGUUGACCGGAUCGUGGGGGGCCAGGACGCCAGUCUGGGCAAGUGGCCGUGGCAGGUCAGCCUGCGUUAUGACGGAACCCACCUCUGCGGCGGCUCCAUCAUCUCCAGCCAGUGGGUUGUCACCGCCGCACACUGCUUCCCUGAGAGAAACCGGGUGGUGAGCCGCUGGCGGGUUUUCUCAGGCGCCAUCUCUCAGGUGUCCAGCAGGGGGCAGCAGGCGGGGGUGACGGGCGUGGUGUACCACGCGGGCUACCUUCCCUUCCUGGACCCCAACAGCGAGGAGAAUGGCAACGACAUCGCGCUGGUGCACCUGGCCGCGCCCCUCAGCUUCACCGAGGACGUCCAGCCCGUCUGCCUCCCGGCGCUGGGGCAGCCCCUCCUGGACGGCAAGGUCUGCACCGUGACCGGCUGGGGCAACACGCAGUACUACGGGCAGCAGUCCAGCAUCCUGCAGGAGGCCUCUGUGCCCAUCAUCAGCACCGCACUGUGCAACUCGCCUGAGUACUACGGCAACCAGAUCCGCCCCCGCAUGUUCUGUGCUGGCUACGCCGAGGGUGGCACCGAUGCCUGCCAGGGUGACAGCGGGGGGGCCCUUUGUGUGUGAGGACGGCAUCUCCCGCACCCCCCGCUGGCGGCUCUGCGGCGUGGUCAGCUGGGGCACCGGCUGCGCCCUGCCCCAAAAGCCGG